UCCUUGUUUUUAUUGUUGCCAGCAAAAAAAAAUAAAAUAAAGCAAAAAUCAAACGAGUAUGUCCACCUAUUAUUUUGUUAUUGUCGGCCACAAUGAUAAUCCCAUCUACGAGAAGGAGUUUAGCACUGUCAACAAGGAAUUCAGGAAAGAGGACCACAGACACCUGAGUCAGUUCAUUGCUCACGCUGCCUUGGACCUGGUGGACGAGCACAAAUGGAAAACGGCCAAUAUGCAGCUAAAGUCGAUAGACCGCUUCAAUCAAUGGUUCGUCUCCGCCUUCAUCACGGCCAGCCAGAUCCGCUUCAUAAUUGUGCACGACAACAAGAACGACGAGGGCAUCAAGAGCUUCUUCAACGAGAUGUACGAUACGUACAUUAAGCAUUCCAUGAACGCCUUCUAUAAGAUCAACACGCCCAUCAAGUCGUCAAUGUUCGAGAAGAAGGCGGAGAUCUUCGGGCGAAAGUAUUUGUUAUCGUGAAGCUGUUAAUCCAAUCCUCUAGUCAGUAAGCAAUGUGUAAUAUAAAUUUGAUUUAAUUUAUUUAGAAAACCAGUCUAAUGACACGAAAAUAGC